UGAAGAAAGGAAGAAACUUAUCAUCUUCCAUACAUUCGAACAAGCUUCAUCCACAAUUUAAGGCCCCAUAUCAACAUAUCCAACAGAAACAGCACAUGGAUUUGCCUUCGGUUGUUAGAGGCAAAAAUUCAGCUACAACUCAAAGCCUCAGUCCAGCCUCUUGUAUAAAUAAUCCCCCUUCCAUAAGACUUCUCGUCAUCAAUCACAAGCAUUAUCCUUUCAGCUAUCAAACGUCUCCAACUUUCUUGUAACCAAUCUUCAAAAGAAAAAGACAAUGCUCAGUGCUAAGAAGCUCAUCAAGAUGGCUAAGAAAUGGCAGAAGUUUGCAGCCAUGCAGAGGAAGAGGAUUUCAAUUCCAAGAAAUGGAAAUGAUGCAGACAGUUCUAGUACUUCUUCAUCAUUUGUAGCUGGAAAAGGCCAGUUUGUAGUAUAUACUACAGAUCAAAGGUGCUUUGUGAUUCCAUUGGCUUAUCUGGAAAAUGAGCUCAUUUUGCAACUUUUAAACAUGUCGGAAGAAGAGUUUGGUCUGCCAAGUGGCGGCCCUAUUAAAUUACCGUGUGAUUCAGCUUUCAUCGACUACAUUGUUUCACUAAUCAAGAAAGGUGCAGCUGCUGGAGAUCUUCACAAAGCAUUGCUCCAAUCGAUUAAUUCAUGUUGUUGUUCAACUUAUUCUUUGAACCAAGAAUUGGGGAACCAACAUCUCCUUGUUUUUUAGUCAUGAUCAUUAACUUAGUAAAUGAUAGUUCCAAAUAGAUUGACUAGCAGAUGAAAAGUAGGCAAUUGUAGUUGUGUAGUAUCAGAUGGAAUAAAGCUUUAUCUGAAAUUUUACACUGAAGAGUUACAAAAUU